UUCGAAUGUCACGUUCAUUCAGUGAUUUCAGGUAAGGCAGCUACGAGGAGGGUGACACUCGCUCCAUCUAUCAUCAGCAGCAGGCAGGUCACGCGACCGUUGUCUCCGAAAUUCGUUGGACAAGCCUAGUCCCGAGAUUCCCGAGAAUCCCGAGAACGGUCCCUGAAAUCGCGCUCUCAGCUGACGACUGAUCGCUGGCGCCCUCCUACUCGCAAGCAGAGUCACGCGUUUGACCACCUCUGCAGCGCGCAACCUCCGCCUUAUCUCCGUGCGUGACUCAAUUCUUUUGGCACUCUCCGCAUUUCUCGAACUCAAUUUUCCACUCUCCCACUCUGCCGGAAUCGCUCGCGAGCCCGUGCCACCGUUAGCGAUAUACAGUGCGCGCCGAUUCGUCGUGCUCGCCUGUUACUACUCUGCCGCGAGAGCAAGGCGAAACCGAAGGGGGAAAGAUAAGGGCACGCGUGUUACACGCUGCGCAGGACUACAGAGAGGUAAAGAGCUAGAAGAGGAGUGAGGGUGCCACCAUGAACGUGAUAAGCCUGAUCGGGUCGCCCACGAAAAGUGCCAUCAACGAGACAUUUAAAGGCAAGGAGCCAUGGCAAAUCGUGGGCAUGACCUCUACUACUAUCCUCGCCAGUGUCUGGCUCUACAACUUCAUCUUCCAGGACGAGAGUAUAUCCUUGCGAGCGAGGAAGUUGGCGAUGAGGAUGGUGAGAUUGCUGCCAGCCGUGCGUGCGAAAAUCGAUAGCGAGAUGAAAAAGCUCAACGAGGAAUUUGAAGCCGAAGCGAUUGAAAGGACAAAGGGCUUAUCCUACAUCACUACUCUGCCCGACAGCGGCAUGCAGCGCGACCACGUCCUCGAGCUUGUCCAGCGAUGCGUUUAUUCAGGCGACUGCGACUGGAAGAAAGGCCGAGUAUCGGGCUGCGUGUACCGAGUGGCCGAGCCCGAGCUUGCGAGCCUCGUAAAGGAAGUCUACGGAUUAGCCUUGCUCACCAAUCCCUUGCAUCCUGAUAUCUUUCCGGGAGUGUGCAAGAUGGAAGCAGAGAUCGUCCGCAUUACCUGUCGGCUGUUCAACGGCGACAAAGACUCCUGCGGCACCAUGACGGCAGGUGGCACCGAGUCAAUUAUGCUGGCCUGCAAGGCGUUUCGCGAUUACGCGCGAGCGGAUAAGGGCAUCACUCGUCCAGAGAUGGUUGUACCCACCACUGCCCAUUCGGCCUUUGACAAGGCUGCACAAUUCCUUGGAAUUAGAAUUCGUAGCGUACCUGUCAAUCCGGAUAGCCAUACCGCUAGUAUUAAUGCCGUCAAACGAGCCAUCAACAGGAAUACUGUUUUGCUGGUAUGCUCAGCGCCGAACUUCCCUUACGGCACGAUGGACAACGUGAAGGCAAUCAGUGAGCUGGGCGAGCGUUUCGACGUGCCGGUGCACGUCGACGCAUGUUUGGGCGGCUUCCUGAUCUGCUUCAUGCGCAAGGCUGGCUACGAAGUGGCCGACUUCGACUUCCGGCUACCUGGAGUGACCAGCAUCAGCGCCGAUACCCACAAAUACGGCUACGCCCCGAAGGGCUCCUCGGUGAUCAUGUACCGUCACAAGAAGUACCGACACCAUCAGUUCACCAUAACCACCGACUGGCCCGGCGGAAUUUACGGCUCGCCGACCGUCAAUGGCUCCAGAGCCGGAGGCAUCAUUGCCGCCUGCUGGGCUACGAUGAUGUUCCUGGGUGAGAGGGGAUACGUCGAGGCCACUAGGCAAAUAAUCGAGACCACCAGGUUCAUCGAAAGGGAAUUAAGGCAAACGGAAGGUCUGUACGUGUUUGGCAGCCCAGUCACGUCGGUGGUAGCCGUAGGCUCGGAAGACUUCGACAUUUUCCACUUGGUCAAGUCACUGAACACCCGCGGCUGGAAGCUCAAUCCCCUUCAAUUCCCCAGUGCUGUGCACAUUUGCGUUACCCACGUACAUACCCAAGCUGGCGUCGCCCAACAGUUCAUCGACGACGUACGCGAGGACGUCGCCGAGCUACUUAAGGACCCGUCCAAACCUAUCGACGGCAUGUACGCGAUCUACGGUAAGAGUCAAGGUAUCCCUGACCGCAGCAUCGUUGGUGACAUCACCAAGUCCUUCAUCGAUGCGAUGUACUACACGCCACCAGAUUCCAACAAUCGCGCGUGAUUCGAUGUUUUCUUUAACGUCGUUGCUUUUGCUCGACCCUAUUCUAUUAUGCCAUUUCACAGUGUCGCAUGAAUUCGGACCGACGCUAUUGCGACAAAUAAUGUGACUAUACGAAUAAAAUGGGUUAUGCUAGUUGUGCAGCGUGCUGCACGAUUCUCUCGGACAGUGGUGGUGAUGCGCGCAUCAAAGUGUUGCGUGACUUUCAAAAAGCAUGAAAUAUAGAUUUUUUCAUUUCAAGUUUUUAAGCUCGCCCAAUCCGCAUCGACGACAAUUUGCAAACCGCGAGAGCUACUAUCGCGGAUCAUAAACUUGGAAAUGUAAGCUUUCAGCGGAAAGUGCAGUGCAACUACAAUAUUUUUUUUCAAUCGUAACGUCGCUGCUGUAGUUCUAGUAUAAUGCGGCGAUAAUAAAGUAGCAGCGAUACUGCAGUCGCACUACUUUCUGAAAAUUUAUAGUACAAGUAGCGACGCUACUCUGGCCAUCACUGCUCUUUUUAUGUGUAAGAUAUAAAUAUACGGAGAAUUUAAUAAAGCAGAAGUUUUUAAGAA